UCUCAUCCUUUAACCGUCCAACAGCUCCCCUCCCUCCACCAUGAGCCUCCCUUCAAGUUCGGUGGCGGUGGCAGAGCUCUUCGGCGACUGCACCUCCCCAGUGUCUCUGGACUCCAGCGUUUUCUUCAGCGAGACAACGGUGUCCUGCGUCAGAGACGUCGACUUCUUCAUCAUCAACGUUGGAGGGAGUCGCUACAUCCUGUCCCAGGAGCUGCUGGCAUCCCACCCGGAGACCCGGCUGGGGAAAUUGGCCUGCAGCAGCCGCGACUCGGCUCUGGAGCUCUGCGAUGACGCGGACCUCCUGGAGAACGAGUUCUUCUUUGACCGAAAUUCACAGACCUUCCAGUACGUGAUGAACUUCUACAGGACAGGUCACCUGCACGUCAGGGAGGAGCUGUGUGAGGUCUCCUUCCUGCAGGAGAUUGAGUACUGGGGCAUCGACGAAGUUAGGAUCAACCCUUGCUGCCGCGAGCGUUACUAUCGCCGCAAGGAGCAGAAGGAGACCCUCGAUGUUCAGGGAGAGUUUGAGGCUGACGAUGACGAGGAGGAUUUUAUGGGCGCUGUGUGCCCUGCUCUCCGCAGGCGCCUUUGGGACCUUCUGGAGAAACCUGACUCAUCACGAGCAGCUCACACCUUCAGCUCACUGUCGAUUUUCUUCGUGGGGCUGUCACUGAUCAACAUGGUGCUCAUCUCGCUGGACUUAGGGGAGGACGUUGGAGAGAGUGACGUUGGAGUUAGCGCACCGUUACUGUUUGAUGCCGUGGAGUACGUGUGCGUGGUGUGGUUCACGGGUGAGCUGGCACUUCGAUUUCUCUGUGUGAGGGAUAAGUGUCGGUUCAGCCAAAACAUCCUCAAUGUGAUCGACCUGCUGGCCAUCCUGCCUUUCUAUGUGACGCUGGCGGUGGAGAGCCUCCAUGGAGGAACCACCGAGCUGGAGAACAUGGGCCGCGUGGUGCAGGUCCUCCGACUCCUCCGGUCCCUCCGCAUGCUGAAGCUGGGACGACACUCGACAGGCUUGAAGUCUCUGGGUAUGACCAUCGCUCAGUGCUACGAGGAAGUCGGCCUCCUGCUCCUCUUCCUCGGAGUCGGCAUCUCCAUCUUUGCCAUGGUGGUCUUCGCUCUAGAGCACGACUUUCCUGGCACGACCUUCACCAGUGUACCAGCCGCUUGGUGGUGGGCGACCACCUCCAUGACCACGGUCGGCUACGGGGACAUCCGGCCCGACACAGUCGUGGGGAAGGUGCUGGCCUUCCUCUGCAUCCUGUCCGGGAUCCUCAUCCUGGCGCUGCCCAUCGCCAUCAUCAACGACCGCUUCUCUGCCUGCUACUUCACCCUGAAGAUGAAGGAGGCGGCGAUGCGGCAUGGCGAAAUGCUCAAGAGGCUGGCUCAGGGCUCAAUGGGGGAGACAGGGGAGGGAGGAGUCAGGGGAGGCGUGAACUUAAGGGAUGCUUACGCCAGGAGCGUCAUGGAGAUGUUGAGGCUGCAGGGGCGCGAGCGGGCAAGCACCCGCAGCAGCGGAGGAGAGGAACUGUGGUGGUAG